UAUCAUAGUUGCAUAAAAAGACCAUCAAACACUCCUUGGUAGCUCCUUUAAAGGCACUAAGCACAUGAAAAUGGAACAAAUGUUGCCAAACAGGCCUAUCAUUUUUAGGUCAGGUGCUUCAGACAUUGAGUAAAGUUAAUAGGCAUGUAAAAAAAAAAUUGUUUUUCCUAAAUUAGACUCAGUAUUUGAAUCACUUCUUAAAUAAUAACGUAUUUACUGAUUUAUUGAAGUACAAAUUUUCGUUCUUUAAAAAUAUCUUUGAGGCCAAUUUCUAAGUCCUCUUUUUAUUUUCUGCUGCAGGUUUCCCAUUUCUCUCACACCAUUUCUAAAGAGGGUACAAUGCAUUUUCUAAUGAGAACACUUAACAUCUGGAAGGUGUCACAUUAACGCCGUUUCUCUCAUCACAGAUGCUAUUGAAGAUACUGAGCAUUUCCAGCAAUUUUUGUUUUAAUUUCAGAUUUCCAGUGUUUGCAGGUUAUUUUUUGGCUUUUAGGUUAUAUUUGCAUCUCGCUUCUUUGGAAAAGCCUCCUCUCGUCCAGGAGUUUGGACAAGAGGCGCAUGCUACUGAUGUGCUAGCACUUGUGAUUCCAGGAGCUGUCCUGCGUACACUGCGUUUGCGAAAGAAACCAUAAUAAUUUACAAUGCACAAGCAGUAGUUGUAAAGAUCACAGCUACGCUGAAUUUUCUUUCAUAAUGGCUGCCAUUAACAACAUUACUAAAGGUGAGCAUGACAACACGUAAAGCAAGUGAAAGAAGGUUGCAAAUGUAGGCAUUAUGCAUUAAACGUUCAUGGAGUAACGAACAUUCCCAAUGCCUCGUAGGUCUAAAAUGUCACUUUUAACAUCUCUCAGAUGUGGUAGAGCUGUCAUUCGCCUUUCUUCCGCUCCUUUGCAUGUGCCAGGGUACCAUGGAAAUGGUGCAAGCGGUGUUCCCUGACUCAGUGGCACUGACACACUUAAGACUAUCUACAGGAGUACGUCGUGGAUAGUGGAAAUUAUUACUAGUUAACGUUUCUUUUGUUUUCUAGCACGAUUUGAUAUUCAAUUAGUUUCUGCUCUCUUAAGAGAAUGCACAGUUGUUGGAUUUCUUUCAUUUGGGUGAGAAAGCUCCAGGAUGUCUAAACAUCUGUUUAUGGGUUAAUAGAAAAGGCACAUAUGUGAUGUAUGUACAGAAAAUGCAUAACACCUACAUUUUCUAUACGUAGGGUCUACGGUGGUGCAUCAUUUUAAAGCCUGGUAUGCUGAAAUCAUAACUUCCAGUUUUUUGACUUGUCACCAACAUAAUCCGGGGACAGACUACGUGAGUUGCUGCAUUCACUCAGCGCGGCUGGAUCGGCCAAGCCAAGGCGGUUGCGCUUGCUCCAGGCAGAAAUCGAACGCUGACCCAGGGAUGGAGCGAGCGGCCCCGAAUGUCGUGACGUCACUGGGCUACCAGGCGACGCAGGUCUCGUCACCAGGGCGACGGUAGGACCAGGUAACCCCCGUGGUAACGAGCGCCGCGGUAACUGUACAUACACGCAGAGAGCAGGCCGCGGCCGACGGGGAACGGCGGCCGUGACAGGGCGAUGUUGAUCUCCUGGUUGGUUUAUCUGCAGCUGAAGUUUAAUCCUCCAGCAUUUCAGAGAAGGAAUGUUUAGUCUCAUGGCUAAUUGCUGCUCAUGGCUAAAAAGUUGGCGAGAACCUGUCAGGAAGGUGACUCUGGUAAUGGUGGGAUUGGAUAAUGCUGGAAAAACUGCAACCGUGAAAGGGAUUCACGGAGAAUCUGCAGAAGAUAUAGCUCCUACAGUGGGUUUUUCGAGAAUUGAUAUAAAACAGGACAAAUUUGAAGUCACCAUUUUUGACUUAGGCGGAGGGAAAAGAAUCAGAGCUAUUUGGAAGAAUUAUUAUGCUGAAUCCUUUGGUGUUAUUUUUGUUGUGGACUCCAGUGAUGUUGAUCGAAUGGAAGAAGCUAAAGAAACUGUGGCCGAAGUCAUAAGGCAUCCUAGGAUUUCUGGAAAACCUGUACUGGUAUUGGCAAACAAACAAGAUUGUGAUGGAGCUUUAGCAGAGGCUGAUAUCAUAGAGUACCUUUCAUUGGAGAAGUUGGUCAAUGAUAAUAAAUGCCUCUGCCAAAUUGAACCAUGUUCUGCUGUUUUGGGAUAUGGAAAAAAAUUGGACAAGGCCAUUAAGAAAGGCCUUACUUGGCUUUUGGUUACCAUAGCAAAGGAUUAUGAUAGCCUACAAGAACGGGUUCAAAAAGAUGCAAUGGAGCAGAAGGCGCAGGAAGAACAAGAGAAACGAGAACGUGCAGAAAGAGUACGAAAAAUACGAGAGGAGAGAGAACUGAAAGAAAGGGAAGAUGCUGAAAAAGGAGGACAACCUUUAAAUCAAGAUGAUGGUGAUGAACCAGAUCCACAAACAAACCCCUUUCAACCUAUAUCCAAGGUCAUUUCUGUGAAUGAAGAGAAAAUCAAAAGACAGAAAGAAAAGAACAAUCCAAAACCUAAUGGAGAACCUCUACUAAAUAUUGCAGAAAAUGAAUCAUCUAAGACAGAAAAGAGUACUGGGGAUGAUAUUCAAAAUGGUCACCAAGUGAAAUUGGGUGCCAAUGCAGAAGCAUUAACAGAUCAGCUAGAAGAAACUGGGUAUCACCGGAAAAUGCAAGACUCUGGGAAGAGAAAAAUCAAGAAGAUUCACAUGAAGAGAAAGAAUAAGGUAGAACCAGUCAGUGUAGAUGAUGACUCUGAAAAUUCAAGUCCACCACCUCUGCCUGUUGGCUGGGGUACUCCCAAAGUUACCAGACUUCCAAAACUUGAACCCCUUGGUGAAACCCAGCACAAUGAUUUUUACAAUAAGCCAUUGCCACCAGUACCAACGAGUCAGAAACCAAAUUCCGAGGCCCAUGAUGUCAUCUCCUAGCAAAAAGACCUGUGGGACCUAUCAUCAAGAAGGAAAAGAAUUGAAUAAUGCUCCAGGAAUUGAUCCUUUGUUGAAAGAUGCUGUAUUGAAAUGGCAUUGGCUUGAUAGCAAUACAAAAAGUGGUAGGUAUAGAUAGACUUCGAGGAAAGUUUUGUAAAGAUAUAUUAGCUAUGUGGCAUCUUCUGCAGUCUUGGUAAGAAGAACAGGUGGUGAGGUGAUACACUACAGAAGUUUUCCUUCUGCUUAAACCAGAGAUAGCUGGUAUAAAAAGUCAGGGGGAAGGGAUGGAGCAAGAGCUGGCAGGUGACAGCUUGGA